AUGUCUGAAAGAGGACGUUGUGGAACCGCAGGAGGACGAUUUCGCAUAUCGUUUAGUUCUGUAGGCGCUGUGCUGAACGGUGCUGACAAUAUUGUUGCCAAAAAUCUAUAUGUAAUUGCUGUGCACGGAAUUCGUGGUCGCUUGAAUCGUUUACCAGCUGCUGGCGUCAAAAUGGGUAAACCUGAAUUGAGGAAAAAGCUGUAGUCAUACGGCAGAGAAAGCCAUUCCGAAGGAUGGGCGGCGUUUUGAGGAUAACACGGGGGUUCUAGCAAACAAUAAAGGCGAAUUGAAAAAUUCCGCUAUAACUGGACCCGUUGAUGUCCCUGCGCUCUCUGAAGUUUUUUC